AUGUGUUACAUAUAUCAAUACAGGACAUGGCAUGGCAAACCCUUUUCAACAACUUGGGGUUUGGGGCCCAAAUGCUUAGUCCCCCAUGUCCUGCCCAAUGCAGCACAUAAUCCAAGUCACCAACUUGCAGCUGCUGUUCUGAGCUGGCUGCCUGUGGUGUUUGCUGCUGUGCUCCAGGCUGUGCUGCCUGUGCCUGCUGGCCUUGCUGUGUGUUUGCUCCAGUGGGUUCAGGCUUUGCUGCCUGUGCCUGCUGGCCUUGCUGUGUGUUUGCUCCAGUGGGUUCAGGCUGUGCUGCCUGUGCCUGCUGGCCUUGCUGUGUGUUUGCUCCAGUGGGUUCAGGCUGUGCUGCCUGUGCCUGCUGGCCUUGCUGUGUGUUUGCUCCAGUGGGUUCAGGCUGUGCUGCCUGUGCCUGCUGGCCUUGCUGUGUGUUUGCUUCAGUGGAUUCAGGCUGUGCUGCCUGUGCCUGCUGGCCUUGCUGUGUGCUUGCUCCAGUGGAUUCAGGCUGUGCUGCCUGUGCCUGCUUGCCUUGCUGUGUGUUUGCUCCAGUGGAUUCAGGCUGUGCUGCCUGUGCCUGCUGGCCUUGCUGUGUGUUUGCUCCAGUGGAUUCAGGCUUUGCUGCCUGUGCCUGGUCUUGAUGUGUGUUUGCUCCAGUGGAUUCAGGCUUUGCUGCCUGUGCCUGGUCUUGAUGUGUGUUUGCUGGCUUUGCUGGCUGUGCCUGGUGGCCUUGCUGUGUGUUUGCUUCUGGCUGUUUGUUUGCUUCAGUGGAUUCAGGCUUUGCUGCCUGCUGUGCUGCCUGUGCCUGCUGGCCUUGCUGUGUGUUUGCUCCAGUGGGUUCAGGCUGUGCUGCCUGUGCCUGCUGGCCUUGCUGUGUGUUUGCUUCAGUGGAUUCAGGCUGUGCUGCCUGUGCCUGCUGGCCUUGCUGUGUGCUUGCUCCAGUGGAUUCAGGCUGUGCUGCCUGUGCCUGCUUGCCUUGCUGUGUGUUUGCUCCAGUGGGUUCAGGCUGUGCUGCCUGUGCCUGCUGGCCUUGCUGUGUGUUUGCUCCAGUGGGUUCAGGCUGUGCUGCCUGUGCCUGCUGGCCUUGCUGUGUGUUUGCUCCAGUGGGUUCAGGCUGUGCUGCCUGUGCCUGCUGGCCUUGCUGUGUGUUUGCUCCAGUGGGUUCAGGCUUUGCUGCCUGCUUUGCUGGCUGUGCCUGGUGGCCUUGCUGUGUGUUUGCUUCAGGCUGUUUGUUUGCCUGGCCUUCUGCUGGGCCUUGCAAUUUGCUGUGUGUUUGCACCAGGCCUGUGCUGCCUGUGCUGCUGCUGCCUUGCCAUUUGUGUGGUUACCUCAGUCCUGUGGUUGCAUGUCAUGCUGCUGGCCUUGCAUUGGCAGUGGUUUUCCCCAUGGGGGCGUGCUGCCUGUGCUUCUGCUGGCCUUGCAUUUGUGUGGUUACCCCACACUGUGGUGCCUGGAUCUGCUGCUGGCCUUGCAUUGGCUGUGUGUUUGCAGCAGGCUGUGGUGCUUGUCCCUCCUGCUGGCCAUGCAUUUGCUGUGUGUUUGCCCCAGGCUGUGCCUGCAUCUGCUGGCCUUGCAUUUGUGUGUGUGCCCCAGGCUGUGUUGCCUGGGUCUGCUGCUGGCCUUGCAUUGGUGUGGUUACCCCACACUGUGGUGCCUGGAUCUGCUGCUGGCCUUGCAUUUGCUGUGUGUUUGCAGCAGGCUGUGGUGCUUGUCCCUCCUGCUGGCCCUGCAUUUGCUGUGUGUUUGUCCCAGGCUGUGCCUGCAUCUGCUGGCCUUGCAUUUGUGUGUGUGCCCCAGGCUGUGUUGCCUGCACCUGCUGCUGGCCUUGCAUUUGUGUGGUUACCCCACACUGUGGUGCCUGGAUCUGCUGCUGGCCUUGCAUUGGCUGUGUGUUUGCAGCAGGCUGUGGUGCUUGUCCCUCCUGCUGGCCAUGCAUUUGCUGUGUGUUUGCCCCAGGCUGUGCCUGCAUCUGCUGGCCUUGCAUUUGUGUGUGUGCCCCAGGCUGUGUUGCCUGGGUCUGCUGCUGGCCUUGCAUUGGUGUGGUUACCCCACACUGUGGUGCCUGGAUCUGCUGCUGGCCUUGCAUUUGCUGCCUGCCCCCCGCUGGUGCUGCCUGCAAGCAAUCUGUUGGGGGCCUUGCCAAUGUGUGUGUUUCCCCAGGCUCUGUUGCCUGUGCCUGCUGUUGGCCUGGCCAUCAUUUGGGUAUACAAAGUUUGUGCCAUGCUGCUGUGUUGCUUGCAUCUGGCUGUGUUGCCUGCAUCUGCUGCUGGCCUUGCAUUUGCUGUGUGUUUGCCCCAGGCUGUGCUGCCUGCAUCUGCUGCUGGCCUUGCAUUUGCUGUGUGUUUGCCCCAGGCUGUGCUGCCUGCAUCUGCAGGCCUUGGAUUUGCUGUGUGUUUGCACCCAUUUGUGGUGCUUGCAUCUGCUGGCCUUGCACUUGUGUGCUUGCCCCUGGCUGUACCUGUUGUGGCAGGUGUGGUGCUUGUUGGUGCCCGUGCUGCUGCCCCAGGCUUUGUGGAAGCUGCUGUGUAUGACCUGGCAGUUGCUGGUGCUGCUGCUGCCCAUGUUGUGCCUGGCUGGUGUUUGCCAUCUGUUGCUGGUGUGCCAUCAUUGCUGGUGCUUGCUGGUGCUGCAACCCUUGCUGCCCCAUACCUGUGCCCUCUGGUGUUUGACAUGGCAGUUGCUGGUGCAUUGCUGGUGUUGGCUGGCUCUGCUGUGGUGUGCCACACUGCUGUGGCUGCUGGCCUUGCUGGUGCAUGUUUGCCAUGCCUGCUGGCUGGUGCAGCACCAUGCCUUGUGCAUGCUGUGGUGUUUGGCAUGGUUGUGGCUGACCUGGUACUGGGCACUGUUGGGGUGGGCAAGUUGGUUGGUGCUGCCAUGCUUGCUCUGCCACCAUACUUUGCUGCUGUUGCUGCAUGCCUUUGCAUUGCUGUUGCCCAAGCUGCUGUGGCUGCUGGCUUGUGGCUGCAAAGUUGUACCCCCUUGCUGCUCCCCAUGCCAACUCUGCCUGGCUCAGUUCUCUUGCUGGUGGCUGCUGUGCUUGCAACUCCUUGUGCCCAAGGAAACCUGGCUGCCUUGGGUUGA